AUGGCCGAUACCAAGUACUCCAACCGGGCCAUCCCUAAGAUCUCUCUCCGGGACUUCGACUCUCGCAUCGACACCAUCACAGCAGAGCUUGUCGCAGCCGCAGAAACCGUCGGCUUUUUCGCCGUCGUAGACCACGGCAUCACAGAAUCUGAAAUCACAACACAAUUCAAAGCAGCCGAACGCUUCUUCGCCCUUCCCGACGAUGUGAAGGCUACCGUGCCCUUCUCCCACCGAAACACCGGCUGGGAGAAAUUGGCUCAGGUCCGGCCUAGUACCGGUGCAGCGGAUCAGAAGGAGAGUUAUCAGAUGCAGUACGGCAAAGCCAUGGAAGGCAUAUGGCUCCCCGAAGAAGCCCUCCCCGGUUUCCGCGCACAAAGUCUAUCCUUCAUGCACCGAGCGCAAGCCGUCUCCGAAAAACUCAUGGUAUGCUUUGCGCGGGGUUUAGGUUUUCCCGAUGAUUACUUCGUCCGGGCGCAUGAUGUAUCACGGCCUGAGUCGCAGACAGUGUUGAGAUUAUUACGAUACUUCGCGGUCGAAGGCCCGGCUGGCGAUGAUUAUUAUCGUGCUGGUGCGCACGCUGAUUGGGGUUUCUUAACUCUAUUAUUCCAGCAGCCUGGACAGGGUGGUCUUGAGAUAUGUCCUGGUCGGGAGGCUUUUACGGAGUUUGCGCUCGGAGAUUCGUGGACUGCUGUCGAACCUGUUGAGGGUGAGAUCGUGUGUAACAUUGGCGACCUCUUAAUGAGUUGGAGUGACGACCGUUUCAAGUCGACCUUCCACCGCGUUAAAACGCCCACGGAUCCAUCAUCCGACUGCUACGGCGAUAGGUAUAGCAUGGCUUAUUUCAAUCAACCGGAUGCUAGUUGCGAGAUCCAAGGACCGCUCAAGAAAUACCCGAAGGUUACUGGAUCCGAGUUCACUCGCGCCGCUAUGAAGCGUAACUACGAUGCCCUGGAGGCCAGAUUGAAGAGCAUGGUGGGAAAGGCUGGAGCCACCGAAGAUAAAGUUGCAGUAGGAGGAGGUGGCGGCAAUCUAGUCGCUGCUGGCGCAUCGUGA